AGACAAACACACGGGCUGGUAUCUUUUGCCGCUGCCAGUUGUCAACAUACUAUCCGAUCGUCGACACACGGCCUACGGCACGCGCGGCACGGUGUUGGGUACUCCGGGUUUUCAGUCGAAGCUUUUUCUCUUACCGGACAGUUGGCAGUGUGGAGAAAGAGGGGUACAGAUACAGGUGUGUAACUAAUCUGGCGGCAGCUGCGCAAAUAGAAAGUGUAUUUGAAGUGAAUUAGAAACAGUUGCUGGAAGGAAAAAACCCCGUAUACGACCAAAUCCGGCAAACAUGUACAUGUACGAUCCACCGAAGAAAAACAAUUUCACAUCUGUGGAAGAAUUCCAGGAGGCAUUCAAUCUGUUCGACAACCGUGGCGAUGGAAAGAUCCAGCAGCAGCAGAUCGGCGAAUGUCUGCGAGCGCUCGGCCAAAACCCGACCGAGUCGGACGUGAAGAAGUUCACGAUGCAGCUGAAACCGGACGAGCGCGUCUCGUUCGAAGUCUUCCUGCCCAUCUACCAGGCCAUCUCGAAGCAGCGCACGGCCGAAACGGCGGACGACUUCAUCGAGGGGCUGCGCCACUUCGACAAGGACGCCAGCGGGUUCAUCUCGUCGGCCGAGCUGCGCCAUCUGCUGACGACGCUCGGCGAGAAGUUGGGCGAUGAUGAGGUGGAACAGUUGCUCCAGAACCAGGAGGACUCGCAAGGAAACGUCAACUACGAAGAGUUCGUCCGGAUGGUUAUGAGCGGCUAAACGCGUGACGGUGUUGGUGGUGGUGAUGAUGUUUUGUACCGUACCACUACUCUGUGCACACGACAGCUUUCCUGCGUUUGUUUAGUAACGGGAAGGCUGACCAAACACAGACACACAUACCAACCCGAGAUAGACUUACGAGCGAGUAUCGUUUACUUAAGCUACUUAUGUUUCCAUUCCUGCAAAUGUUCGUUCAUGGCGAUAAAAGGGUAUGACCGCGUGUUCUAGUGUACGCAUGACGAGCUGGCGCGCUUUAGCAGAGUUUGCAUUUUCGCUUCUUAGAUUCUUUCUACUACUUCUACUAAAAAAAAAAACAGUGGUUGCAGAACGCAGCAGUGGGGCACAAAGGCAGCACCUUCAGAGAGGAUGAACAAUAUUUUUGUUUUUCUUUACUUUUUAAAACAACAAGCCCCACCCGCGGGGAAGGGUUUUUUUGCGUGCCGCAUUUCUUUUUUUUUCUUAUAAAAACUUGUUUUUUUUGGUUGUGUCUCAAAAAUUGCCCGAUGUAAUGCCAAGAAAAGAAGCGUAGUGUAUAGUGGGCAGUGAAGGAAAGGACGGUGUGUAGAGCGGGAUAGGAAACGGAAACGCGUCGUCGUCGUGGUGUAAGAGUAAAAAAGAAGGCAAAGUAUUAAGCGACACCGUCCUUUCCUUCAUCAAACAAUACACGAUAGAAGAGAGGGUUCAACCUUUUUUUCCAGUUUGUUUCUUUCGAAUUUAAGUGUAUCCGCGAGCCGUGUGUGUUUUUGAUAAUCAAGCACCUAGGAACUUCUCUUUAUAAACCAAUAAACUUGCUCCUUGUUUUGGAGACAUAUAAAGGAUUA